ACUACCACUACCACUACCACAACCACUACCACUACUACCACCUUCAUUACCACUACCACUACCAAUACCACUACCAGUACCAUCACUACCUGCACCUUCACUACCACUGCCACUACCACUACCACCACCAAUACAUCUUGGUUUGUAAUUAAUUUUAGAAAUGAGCAUUAUUUUUUGUAAUACUAUAAAAUGUUAUGGUGGUACAAAUAAAGCAUUCUACUACAACUACUAGCACUUCCACAUCCACCACCACUACUAGUACCGCUACAACCACCACCCCUACGACCAAUACCACAACCACCACUACUACCACCACCACCACCACCACCACCACCACCACUACCACUACUACUUCCUCUACUACUAUUACUACAACUAUUGCCAUCACAACCACCAUUACCAGUACUAUUACCAAUGCUACUACCAGUACCAUAACCACAGCCACUAUUACUGCCACUGCC